UAAUAUUUUUUAUUAACCUACACAGAAAUGUAUUUCCAGAUGAAUACUGUUCACGGUGAAAGCUGUGAUGAGUGACUGAAACAUCAUUCAUGUAGAGAUGAGUCAAAAAACACAGACUUAUUGAAACAUUAAUAUUUUGCUGCUGCGAAAACUGGUGAAAUAACUUUUAUUUCCUGAUUUUUUGAUCUCCCCUACCGUGACUAUUCCAGUUCAUUCAAGUGUAGCUUCCUUCGGAUUACAAUUCCAUUGUGUCAGACAGCACACGCAUUACGUCAUGUAAAUGGAAAUGUUGACUGACAUGGUUGGAAAAUAUGUCAUGUGAAAUUUCUUGUCAUGUGAUAGUUGUAAAUGCUGAUCAAAGGUAAUGUACAGGUAUUGCUCCGCCCACUGAGGUGGUUAUCAACAGAGCACUUUCAUUCUCGACUGCUGUGAUGAAAUGCUUUGACUGUGACCAUGCAGUUGCAAUUCAAGCUAUUUUUUUUGUUACAUAAACUGUGGUGAAUUUGCAGGGCUGAAUGCUUUUCUAAUCACUGUGAAUGCAUGUGUUUUUCCACUUGUGGGCUUAGACAUGAAAAACAGGUUUAGCAAGGUUUGGAUGCUUGAGAUAAGGUAUAAAUGGUGGCAAACAGCUGCCCAGGGUGUACAGGAACUGAGUGUCUUCUUGGAUUCACAGAAGAUUUUUAUUUUCCACUUUAUAUUUCACUGUGGGAAAUGACCAUCACAAAUUUCUCAAUUGAAUACGAUUCCAUCAACAGCAAGAACACCUUCACAAAUGGAGACACCAUUAAUGGAAGAAUCAUCGUGGAGGUUUCUAAAGAAACCAAAGUCCAGUCGCUUAAUUUCAUAGCUCAAGGAGAAGCUCGGGUUCGCUGGAGUGAAUAUUAUGGGCAAAAUCAGCAUCGUGUCUAUUGGGCUAAUGAGAAAUAUUAUGAUGUCAAACAUCACAUCUUGAGAGAGUCAAGACAAGAUGGCACUGAAGUCAUAGGUAAAGGAAGACAUGUAUUUCCCUUUUCCUUCAGGAUUCCUGACAGAAAAAUCCCAUCAUCUUUCAAAGCCCCCAUUGGCAAAAUUGUUCAUAAGAUGAAGGCAGAGCUGAAACAAAGCAUGAAGCUGACAAAAAAGGCCAAAGUCCACUUCACAUUUGUGUCCAAAGCAGACAUGGACAUUCCUGGACUUAUGGAACCUCAGUAUGGUAGCAAGGAUAAAUCUGUUUUGGUCUCUGGAAAUGUUUCACUGGAUGUUCACACCAAGCGGAUGGGAUACAAGCAAGGUGAGGCUGUCAAAGUCAUAGCUGAAAUCAUCAACCACUCCACUCGUUCAGUGAAGCCCAAAUUUGUACUGUACGAGAAGAAAAGCUUCUUCGCCCAGGGUCGCAGGAGAGUUUGCACAAAUGAGAUCCUUAAGGACAAGACUGACACUGUUGAAUCCUCCAACAAAGAGACUGUGACCAAGGUGAUCAGCAUACCCAGGGAACUCCCUCCCUCCAUCAUGAACUGCUCCAUCAUCAAGCUGGAGUACAGGCUGAAGAUCUAUCUGGAUAUCAAAUGUGCUUUAGACCCAGAGAUCAAACUGCCGAUAGUCAUCCUACCUGCCUCUGAGGUUCCUAACAAGAAACAUCCACCUGCUUCUGCUGACUUUGGAUUUGAAGCAUUUGGGAGCCCUUGGAGCAUGACGCCUCAACAACAAGCAGCAGCCCAACAUGUGGAGUCCCCACCCGCCUAUGGAGCACAUGCACUGUACCCACCCUUUCCUGAGUCUAACAAAUACCACAGCGCACUUUAAAUGUGCCUCCAACUUAGUUUUGCCCUCCUAAGGGUUUAUCAGACUCAUGAUGGACAGUCAUGGACAGUUGACGCUCAGUUUAAUAUCAAUAUUGAUGUGGUAGAACCAGAUAUUUUUAUUCUGUGCAUUCUUCUUCCUUGUCAAAAUGUGGUGCCUACAUUACCUACAUCACAUUAUUAUUAUUAUUAUUAUUAUUAUUAUUAUUUUUAUUUUCAGUCCUGUGACAUGACUUCAGACUUCUUCAGGCAGUGCUCAGGAAACAUACUGUUGUUUACAUAUUGUGCAUUUGUAUAUAUAUAUUCUAAGUUGAUGAAAAAUAGUAAGUAUUUGUUUGGUCGUCCUAAAUGAAAGCAGCUGCAGUGUUUACUAUGAAAUAAUUGUCAAAUAAAGCUUCACAUUAGAAAUAUUUGCAAAACUUAUUAGAUUGCAUCAGAUUCUUCAUUGUCAUUGUCAUAAGAAACAAUGAAAACAUGAACAUGGUCAGUUUAACCCAAAGAUGUGAAAUGAUUUAAGAAGUAAAUUAUUAUUCUUAUUUGAGUAAUUUUUUUUUCGCUUUCGCUUCAUGUCACUUUGAAAAGUCAGUUUUUAUUUCAUGACAUGAGAGGACUGCAGUCUGUUCAGAUAUCAUGGCUGCAACGUUUCCAGUUUUGUCUGGUGUAAAAGCUCACAGAUGUUGCCUCUUCACAAAGGAUUUUUUCAACAAUUGUUCAUGUGUUUUUAAGUCUGAACUAAGUCUGAUGCUUCUUUAGUCUCACAAACCUUCAACUGAGAUGGAUUCACUUUUUUUUUGUCUUUGCUUUCUGUCUUUGCUGGAGUUUUUCUCUAGUGGUUCAGUGUUUGUAGAUGCACAAGAUAUGUGAUGUGAUAUGUGCUUUGGAGGAUGCUUCCAAACACAAGAAGAAAUACAAGCAAGCGCAUACCCACUUUAUUGACCAAACACUUUCAGUCAAACACAGUGUGACUGGCCACACGCUACAAGUAGGGUUUGUCCCAGUUCCUAUAUUUGAGCACUUACUCCAAGGCUUGGGAUGUUGAUGCUGGACACCAAGCUCCCGCGUACCACAUGUGGUCAGACAAUAAAAAACAAAACAAAAAAAAAACU